AUGGUUAAGGAAACCAAGUACUAUGAUACCCUGGGCGUUGCCCCUACUGCCACUGAGCAGGAACUGAAGAAGGCUUACAAGGUUGGAGCCCUCAAGUACCACCCUGACAAGAACGCACACAACCCCGAUGCCGAGGAAAAGUUCAAGGAAGUCUCUCACGCCUACGAAAUUCUCUCCGAUUCCCAGAAGCGACAGAUCUACGACCAGUAUGGUGAGGCCGGCCUUGAGGGCGGCGCCGGUGGUGGCGGCAUGGCCGCUGAGGACCUGUUUGCCCAGUUCUUCGGCGGUGGUGGUUUCGGUGGAAUGGGAGGCAUGUUCGGCGGCGGCGGUCCGAGCCGUGGCCCCCCCAAGGCUCGAACCAUUCACCACACCCACAAGGUUUCCUUGGAAGACAUUUACCGAGGCAAGAUCUCUAAGCUCGCUCUCCAACGGUCAAUCAUCUGCCCCAAGUGUGAGGGUGUUGGUGGAAAGGAGGGUGCCGUCAAGCGAUGCACUGGCUGUGAUGGUCACGGAAUGAAGACCAUGAUGCGCCAGAUGGGUCCCAUGAUCCAGCGAUUCCAGACUGUCUGCCCUGACUGUAACGGCGAGGGUGAGAUCAUCAAGGAGAAGGACAAGUGCAAGCAGUGCAACGGAAAGAAGACCACCGUCGAUCGCAAGGUCCUCCACGUCCAUGUCGACAAGGGUGUCCGCAGCGGCACCAAGGUUGAGUUCCGAGGCGAGGGUGAUCAAGCGCCAGGCGUCCAAGCUGGUGAUGUUGUUUUCGAGAUUGAGCAAAAGCCCCAUGCUCGCUUCACCCGUCGCGAGGAUGAUCUUCUCUACAACUGCGAUAUUGAGCUAGUCACAGCUCUGGCUGGUGGCACCAUCUACAUCGAGCACCUCGACGACCGAUGGCUCGCCAUUGAGAUCCUCCCUGGUGAGGCUAUUGCACAAGACGCUGUCAAGAUGGUCCGCGGCCAGGGUAUGCCUUCUCCUAGGCACCACGACUUCGGCAACAUGUACAUCAAGUUCAACGUCAAGUUUCCCGAGAAGAACUGGACUGAAGAUCCCGAAGUUUUCGAGACCCUCCGGAAGGUCCUUCCCGCCCCUGCUGUUGAGAACAUCCCUCCUGGUGAUGCCAUGUCCGAGCCCGCCAGCCUCGAGGAACUCGACAACUCAGCCUCGAGCAGAGUCUUCGGCAACGCCGAUGGCAUGAUGGAUGAUGAGGACGAGGACCACCCCGGUGGUGAGCGCGUGCAGUGCGCUUCUCAGUAA